AAUCAUCGAAAGAAAGAUCUUAUAAUAGCUAGUAAUCAUCAAAAGAAAGUUCUUAUAAUAGGUCUUAGCACAGCAGGUGGAGUGAGUUUAGCCAUAUUGUGUUCCCUUUUCAUCCUGUGUAUGCUCAAGAAGGAAAAGCACUCUUGCUCAGGUCUCCUCAAAAGAUUUACUUCUUUUCAGCCAUCCUCCAAAUCAGACUCUGAGCUUGGCUUCUCCCUCAAUUCCCCCAUCUUCACCUAUGAGGAGCUCUAUGAAGCCACCAAUGGCUUUGAUUCUUCUGAAGAACUUGGUGAUGGUAGCUUCGGUACAGUCUACAAAGGAAAGCUGCGAGAUGGACAAGUAGUUGCAGUGAAGCGUCUCUAUGAGAACAAAUAUCGUCACCUCAAGCAUUUUAUGAAUGAGAUUAAAAUCCUAUCACUCCUUCAGCACCCAAAUCUUGUCAGCCUCUAUGGCUGCACCUCCCGACGCAGCCACGAACUCCUCCUUGUUUAUGAAUUUGUACCCAAUGGAACAGUUGCCGACCACCUUCAUGGCCGGCGAGCAUCUGAAUCAUUCCUGCCAUGGCGAGUAAGGAUGAGCAUUGCAAUUGAAACAGCAGAUGCCCUCAACUACCUUCACUCUAUCGAGCCGCAGAUCAUUCAUCGUGAUAUCAAAACUAGCAACAUUCUUCUUGACAACAGCUUCCAUGUCAAGGUUGCGGAUUUUGGUCUCUCAAGGUCCUUUCCAAUGAAUGCCACCCAUGUUUCCACUGCCCCACAGGGAACACCGGGCUACAUCGAUCCUGAGUACUACCAAUGUUGUCAGCUCACAGACAAGAGUGAUGUUUACAGUUUUGGAGUAGUAUUGAUGGAGCUUGUAUCUUCAAAGCCUGCUGUUGACAUCACUCAGCAGAGGAAUGAGAUCACUCUGGCUAACAUGGCAAUUAACAGGAUACAAAGGCAGGAAUUAAACGAGUUUGUAGAUCCAAGAUUGGGGUAUCAGUCAGAUUACAGUGUAAAUAGGAUGAUCGACCAGGUGGCGGAACUGGCAUUUCAGUGCUUGCAGUCAGAUGGAGAGUUGAGGCCUUGCAUUAAGGAUGUGCUUGACAUUUUGAGAGGAAUUGAAAACAGUGGCUACAAGACUAAAUUUUGUGAGGAAAUAGAUACUUCAUCGGAGGAAGCUCGGUUGUUGAAGAGCGCUCUUCCCUACUCCCCAAAUUCUGUUACACAAGGUUGGAUGAGCAGGGUAACGACGCCAAACACUAGUGUGUGAGACAUAGCUAAUAUUUCAAUUGGGCUGCAUAAGAAAAUGAUAUCCUUGCUGGAUGCCAGUUAGUAUGUUGAGGAGAAAUAUCUGUUCUUCUGGAAAAGUUCAGAAAUUUAAAGGAUAUGUACAGGGAAAAAAUCAGCUGAGGAUCCCCUGAGUUAGACUUACGGUUCAUUUGGGAUGGCUUUCUUACUAUUAUUUUUAAAUCAGUUUUCUAAUACAAAAAUUACAAAUUUUGUAUAAAAAAACUGCUUUGAGAAGCAGUAAGAAAACUAUCGCAAACAAAGUCUAAGAUGAUGCCGUAUUCAUUAUCUGCCCCACUCAUAUCCCUUCCACACUUCUUUUUCGAUUGUACAGUCUAAUAGAGUUUGAUCUAUACUGCAGAAAUCUUAUACAGUAUGGAUGAGCUUCCAGUGAACUUAGCUGCAUGACUUCUACGCUAUUAAAAAUUUGCUGUGAACAAGGUUGUUAAUUAGUCUGGCAUCUUGUCAUAAUUAGUGAUUUUAGUAA